AAGGAAGUGUUAAAUUGUUUUGUGUAGUACAUCGAUUCAUCAGCUCUGCGUCGUCUCCUAAACUCUCGAAUUCAUCCGAAGCAAAUCACCGUCUCCGAUCCGAAGCAAACCACCGUCUCCGAUCAUCGUCCGUCUGGGAAUUGAAAUGGCAACGAUUAGGAACCUGAAGAUAAAAACAUCAACCUGUAAAAGGAUUGAGAAAGAGCUUCACUCUUAUGAGAAAGAGGUUGAGAGAGAAGCUGCUAAGACUGCUGAUAUGAAGGACAAAGGUGCUGAUCCUUAUGACCUUAAACAGCAGGAAAAUGUGUUGGGUGAGUCGAGGAUGAUGAUUCCAGAUUGCCACAAACGUCUCGAGGCUGCAUUAGCUGACCUCAAGUCCACUUUGGCGGAAUUGGAAGAGACGGAUGAGAAGGAAGGUCCAGAGAUUGAAGAUGCAAAGAAGACAGUCGCGGACGUGGAGAAGCAGUUUCACACUGAUGAUGCCUGAUUGAGUCACCGUGAGUGAGUGCUUGGUAUGCGUAUUCUGAGAAUGGUAAUAUGGUAUGGUUAACCAAAUUGUAAGAGUCGUCUUCUCAGUCAUCAAUGUCGGAUUUGCAUUCACUGAAAUUGCUCAACUCUUAAUACAUUUUGGUGAUUGUUCAUUCAUUCAAUAUCUUUAAAAUGAA